AUGCAUUUUACACUAAAUCAAGCGGAGGAGAACCUCAUGUACCACACAGCCCCAAAAGAAAGCGGCGCUAAUGACGAGGAAGUCAUAUCGAUGUAUCCAAAUUUUGAUAAUGAAGAGGAUGACGAAUCGAAUAAUGACGAUGACAGCGAUUGCCAAUCCGAUAUUGGCUACACAACGGAAGAAGAGUCCGUACAUAGCCGCGAUGAUGAUGAUGAUAAUGAUAAUGAUAAUGUCGAUAAUGAUGAAGCGGUUGAUGAUAAUGAUAAUUAA